CUGAAAUUCCCCAAAUUUUAAUUCAAUAAGCUCCUCCAAAGCAAAAGUGAUUUGGUGUCAGAGAGAGGUGUUUAAAGGUUUGGAGAAAAAAGCUGGAAUUAUUUUAGAAUCAAGGAGUAAUGAAAUUUUGCUGAGAAGCGGAUAAGAUAUAUGCAUUCGCUUCGAAACCAUUAGCUAAAAGCAUGUCCUCUCCGUUUGCUUCUUCCCUUCUCGCCAUAGAUGGGUAGAGCCUACUGUGCUCACCAAGUAUGAUGAUGUCUCUGCGUACGUACGGAUCUCCACUUCCGACCAGAUACUCGCGGCGGCGACCCGUCAAUGGCUGCUCUAACCACCCAGUUUCGCGCCAAAUAGUCACCGAGGAACUGUCGAUUUCAACGUACAAUCGUCGGAUUCGCUAUCGCUGCAGAACAGGCGGAAUCGACGAAGCGAUGUCUCUCCUGGCCAAAUUGGAUUCGCUCGGCUCCCAACCCGAUCCUCUUUCCUACGUUACUUUGAUCGAAACUCUCUCUGCUCUCGGGAGGACUCUCGAAGCCGAUGCUCUUUUCCAAGAAGUGAUUCGAUCCGGUCUCCAUGGAAGCUACCCCCUGAGGUUCCACAACGCCUUGCUCGGCGGCUACUUGAGAAAAGGCCAGCUCGCGUUAGCUCUUAGGGUUUUGGAUCACAUGCAACUUGAAAACGUUGAGAAGAAUCAAGAAACGUGUGAGGUUCUCUUGAACUAUUACGUUAGCGCUGGGAGAUUGGAGGAAUCGUGGCGUGUGGUUAAUGAGAUGAAGAAGAGGAAGUUUCCUUUGACUUCUUUUGUCUAUGGGAAGAUCAUACGUAUUUACAGAGACAAUGGGAUGUGGAAGAAAGCGUUAGGGAUUAUCGAAGAGAUUUGCGAGAUUGGUUUGCCUAUGGAUGUGGAGUUAUACAACAGCAUCAUCGAUACGUUUGGUAAGUACGGAGAGUUAGAUGAAGCGUUACAGGUCUUGCGGAAAAUGCAGAGUUCUCAUGAUUUUAAGCCGAAUAUUAGUACUUGGAACUCGCUUAUACGGUGGCAUUGUCACCACGGUGCGGUCGAUAAGGCGCUUGAGCUGUUCACGAUGAUGCAGGAUCAGGGGCUUUAUCCUGACCCUAGGAUGUUUGUGAAGCUUAUAGCGCGGUUGGGAGAGAAAGGGAGCUGGAACAUGAUAAGUAAAAGUUUUGAGUCCAUAAAGUGUAAAGAAGAUAGAAGAGAUACGAGAGCUAUCUAUGCAGCUUUAGUUGAGAUUGUUGGACAGUUUGGGAGUUUCCAGGACCCCGAGGAACUUGUGGGUAGACUCAAGUCGGAAGGUGUCGCUCCUUCAGCUAAUAUCUUUUGUACUUUGGCUGAUGCAUAUGCUCAACAGGGACUAUGCAAACAGACCGUAAAAGUGCUAAAGAUGAUGGAGAAGGAGGGCACUGAACCAAAUUUGAUUAUGCUGAAUGUUUUGAUCAAUGCGUUUGGAAAUGCUGGGAAGCACAUGGAAGCUCUAUCUAUUUAUCACCAUAUUAAAGAAAGUGGAUUCACUCCCGAUGUGGUUACCUAUAGUACACUUAUGAAAGCAUUCACUCGAGCAAAGAAGUAUGAAAAGGAAUUGGUGGUUAAAAUCGCAGGUUCCAGAAAUAUUCAGGGAAAUGGAAGCCUCUGGGUGUAGUGCAGAUAGGAAAGCAAGACAACUAUUGCAAAAUGCUCUUAUGGUUCUCGACAAAAGACAUUAACUAUUUGGUGCCUCAACCUCUGAUCCGUUAUGGAGAAAAAAGGGCUCCCUUCAACCCUCACCGUGGAAAAAGGUACUCUUUAUGGAGGGCGUUGCUUUUCUGAUUCUUUAACUCAUCUUUUUGUUCCAUGUUUAAGUUUUAAUGGUGACUAGUAGAUGAUCAACGGAGCCGAUGUAUUUCCUAAGUAUGAAUUGGCUGGCUGUGUGCAUCUUCCAACUUUUGAGGCUUGGAUGAAAAUUCAGUCAGAAUCGCUAUUUGGGAAUAUUGAAGUAUCAUAUCCGGUUUUUCUCUGGUGAUCGUUAGGAACCGGUUAAGUUAAACAAUUGUAUUCAGAUGUAUAUAAGCUUUGUACAGACUGUGGAUGUAAUUCAUUUUUUCCCUAAGCACUUGCACACUUCAGAGUCGAUAACGAAAUUGAAACAUUUCUAAGCUCAAA